UAAUGCUGUUCUGGCUUAGUUAUGAUUAAUUUAAUGGUUCACCCUAAUAGACAAAUGUACCGAAAUUAUUUUCUGCCGGAGAUAGCUAAAAAGAUUCGUCUGAUCGUGAUGAUCAACAAUAUAUAUGAUUUAAAGGGUCGGAAAUGACUCCUUCAUACUUUUACAAGUUUCUGACUACAAUUAUAAUACCAAGUGGGGUAUUGGUAGCUAUGAAAUCAGCUGUUGAAAUAAAAUUACCCAGCUAUCGGAAUAGAUCCCAUUCCUAAUAUAUAAGUUUGUUUUGAGCUUUUGACUUUGCAGCUUUGGCGUUGAUUGAGUACAUAAAUAAACCAAACUCGAAGACUUCGCACGUUACUGCUCAUAGACCAAAAUGACAUCUAGUUCGAACGUUUUAACUAUUGGAACUGAAACCAAUGCGACUCUAGACGAAGUCACGAUCUCCAAGAACAGAAAAGCCUUUUUCGAAUCUGAUUUUGAGAAACGCAUGCAGAAAAUUCUACUAAAUGGUGAAAAACCGCUGGCAAAAGAACCUGAUGAUACCUUGCUACAAAGGUUUUCAGCAAAUGAAUUAAAAAGAAAGAUGGUCAACACUAUUACGAUUUUGGUGUUGGUAAGCAAGGAUGGUUCGUAGAUGUAUUAACGUUUGAGCCCAAAGGAUUUCUAAGGCGUGUUCAUAAUAAAAUCAGUAAGGAGCACUGGCUUACUGAUAAUGUGGCAAGAUUCAGCAAGGAAUCAAAAGACUUUAUAGUGCAAACUGUUUCCAAAGCUGCUGACGAGGAGGGAGAGGAAAUCUAUCAAUACUUGUGCUAUCUAAAUUCAACAAAUAAGUGAAAUGUACAUUUAUUCAUAAGAUACAAUACAUUAUUUUUAUUGUAUUGCCAUUCACCAUUAUUUGUAAACAAAGAACCUCAUCACCAACUUUGUGCUUUCAGUAUGAGCUUUCUGGUGGACUAUUUCAUUACUGAAUUACUAAUGUAACAAUAAUAUUUUAUAAAGUCCAUCCUAAUUGAAAAACAGCUGUUAAAUACCAUUCACCCCAAGUUGUCAACAAUAAAGUCCCAUCACUAAUAUUGGGCUUUUGGAGUGAGCUUAAAAUUAUUUCAUUUGUAAAUAAAUAAAUCCACACAAAUACAUCUGUAGCUAAACAACCAAAGACAGUCACUCGGAACCCACCAUGACAUCAAAUUCGAGAGUUUUGGCUAUUGCGACUGAGACCACUGAAACAUCAGAUAAACCUCCCAAAACCAGUAAUCCAAAAGCAUAUUUAGAGUUUGAUUUUGAGAAACACAUGCAAAAACUACUUCUAAAUGGAGCUAAACCACCAAAACUUGAUGAAAAUUCCAUAGAAAGAUUCGCCGCCACCGAGAUAAUGAGAAAUGGCAAACAGUAUUACGAGUUCGGACCUGACAAUUUUAAAACAGGAGUCAUCAUAAGCGGACCUUCGUUUGAUCCGAAAGGAGUUAUCCCACGCGUAAAGGAUCGAAUCAACAAAGAACACUGGGUUAGUGAAAUCGUAAUUCAGUACCGCAAAAAUUCAAUGGUAAAUAUACAACAAAUUGUUUCGGAGGCCUUAAAAGAGGAACAAAUGGAAGUCUAUCAAUAUUUACGUUAUCUGAAUGAGAACUAUAUUAAAAAGUAGUACACUUCUAAGCUAAUAUAAAAUGGUGAUUUAUCGUACUUUACAUUUACAUUGUAUAAGCGUUUCAAAAAAUAAACAAAUAAAGACUAUAAGGGAA